AUGAAUAUUUCUUGGCGCGGGAUCCAGCUUGGUCGGCAAUUUCGCCGGCUUCUGCAUCGGUCGCACAGUCGUUCUCAGCCGCUGGCCGCCCCUUCCGGCGCGAACUCCGACUGGCGGCCGGUCGCCUCCACCUCGUCGUCGUGCCCCCGUGCGCCGUCGCACUCUCCGGCCGUCCAUUGCACCCGUCCACCGGCCUCGAGCACACUCUCAGGCACCGGCUGUACCGCCGACGCUCCAAUCGUCUGUCAGGUCUGCGCUUGCCCUUCCGGCGUCACCGUCUCGCGACAGCCGCCCUGUUUGCCCAUCUCGAGUUCGGCCACCUUCACGUCCACGCACGAGAAGCCCAUCGCGUCCGCCGCAUCUGCAGUUACCCAUCGCAAUUUGACAAGGUCUUCUUUGGCUCUGCCGGUUUCUAGGGCUUCAAUCUCCUCUUCCUCAAGAGCUUCGGACAGCUACCAUCCCUUUUCAUCAGCCUCUUCCUCCUCCUCCUCCUCAUCUUCAUCCUCAUCCUCCUCUUUCUCCUCCUCAUUUGCCUCGUCGUUGGCCCGUUCGAUUUCCAGCUCCUUCUUGUCUCUGCAUCCCGUCUCAUGCAGAAAAUGCGCCAGAUACAACGCCAACCCAGCCAAACUCAGCGCUCCAGGCAACACUACCUCCACCUCGAGCUCCUUAUCGGCCUCCUCGUUGUCUCUCUCCUGCAUCGGGUUGCCACACGACUCGACCCCGGGCCUCCUUUCCCGGCCCGGCUCCACUACUCGGCCGGCCCAGCGAACGGGCCCCGGUCGGGCCAACACAGGAACUCCCGGUGAAGUGGGUCUGGCCAACCGGUCGUCAAGACAACACUCGGUCAGCCCCGGCGAGGAGGCGGCGUUGAAACGUAGGCGGUCAGUGGGUGGACGGAAAGUCGACAGUCGAGGCCGAGUUCGUAGAUCCAGCCUGAAGGGAGGGUACACGCAGAAGGUCUCCAAUUGCCGCGAGUCGAGGGGUGGGAAUGAGGAGUGCCGGUCGGCCGAUUCGUCGGAGGCGAGUUCGGUGGCCUCGGUCGUGUUCACUGGAAACCAGUCGAUUCAGGCAAGUCAAAUACGUGUUGAUAAGACAUAG